CAUUGUUUACUGAAAGGGUGGAGGAAAACCUGUAAUAAUAUCUCCACAGCAACAGCCCUGCUUAUUAUGCUGGCAACUUUUUUUUUUCUUUGUCCAACACCCAACUUUUUUGUGCGCAACUGGGUGUGCCUCCCCUCUGUAACAUGAGAGCCACAUGACCAAUAGGAAGACACACAGUCUGGAAGUUAGAGUAUUUCUUCCGUAAACUUUGGAAGUUUCUGCUGUGUUGUAAGAGCAGCGAGGGAGGAGGCCACAGUCCAACACUGAAACAGAACUGAUCAGUCUAAGUGACAUUACCAAAGAUGGCAGAACUUCAGAGGCUUGUAUCGGAGAGGAAGGAUAUGGUGGAAAAUGUAAUGGAGGUGUUUGAACAAGGGGCUGAAGUCGUCGCCAGUAUCGCUGGUGACCUUUUCCCAGUCUUCGCCAUCGCCGCUCCGAUUGUUAAACUGGCUCUGGACAAUGUAGAAAGCAAAGAGGCUACAUACAUGAAGGAGCAGUUUCAGAGGGUGCGAGAACGCCUGGAGGUGGUCUCAGAGGAGAUUCGGCGAAUCAACGAUGAGAUCAAGAAGAGUGGACUGGACGCUGUGUAUUUCCCCGUGGAGGAGAACAUCAGCAACCAGUUCAGGAAGUACAUGGACAUCCUCAACGCCAAGCCAAAGUUCAGGGAAGUCAAGAAGAAGCUCUUUCUGGACCACUUUGGCAAAACUGGAGGUGACAAAAACCUUCAAACGCUCUACAACUCAGUGACGGGAGAUAACUUCUCCGGAGAGUCUGUGCUCGAGAUCACUCUGAACUACGAGGAGAAAAGUCGCCGGCCAGUGGAGGACUUCUGUGCCAGGCUGAAGAAGCUCUUCUGUAUCGGGCUUAUCGCUCUGCUGGGCCACGCCGCUCUGAAGGGAUAUGAUGAAGAGGACGCUCUUCUGAAAGAAUGGGGUGAGAAGAUGAAGGUUGUCCAAGAGAAAAUGAAUGUUGUCAUUGAAGACUGCAUCGAAAGCUUCCCCAAGCAGGCGGAGAUGGAUUCACGUCGACUAGUGAGAGACCAUCCAGAGUUGACCAACCAGCAGCUAGCUGAUACUAUCAUAGAGAAGCUGAAGAAGAAGUAUGACUGGGUGGGGUGGUCUGUGCGUGUAUUCAGGUCCCCUUCAGGCCUUUUAAACAAAAAGAAGACUUUCCACUGCCCUACAGGGAAGACUCGCUUCCAGGUCCCUUCAUCAGACGAGAAACUGAACGUUCUGGUGUCGUACAGCUCCUCGCCUGAGCCUGUGGAUAGGAAUCAAAUCCAGCAGGUGAUCCAGAGUCAGAAGAGACUCUCAGUGGUGAGUCUGGCUGAGACCCUGUUUGAGAAUCUGCCUGGCAGCUGUGUGGUCCACACAGUCAAAAUGAGCAAAGAUCUGGCCUGCUCCUGGAGCUUCACUGAAGAGCUCCACUACUGGGAGGAGCACAAGCCCCUGUACGUCUGUGUUCACUCGGCUUGAAGUUAAAGACACUGGAACUGCCAAAAGUCACUCCUUAUGUUUGUUGGAUACUUCAUGUUCACACAGAUAAUCGCAGAGUCUAUCACUGCCUCUCUGCUUGGCCUUAGAAAUGAAAUAUUACACAAAAUGUGCCUUAAUUUCGCCUUUUAGUCUAUUUUUAUGUGAUUUAUCUUGUUAUUCUUUAAGUCUUAGUUAUUUUUACAGGAGAAGGGAUUGUUAAGUCAUGUCAGGCCAAACAUAUCUAUUAGGCCCAAUAUCACACUUUUUUUUUUGGAGUCGACAAUCUGUGAACCAUGGACUCCCUGGAUCCCAAAACACUCAUAGGACAAUGACCCCGUCCCCUGAACCCCACACUGACACAUGGACACAUGCAAAAAUAAAAAAGAGGGGGACAGAUUGGAAGAAACCUCAAGAAGUGCAACAGUAGAAGAGUCCUCUCCUGGGUUAGUUAGGCAUGUUUGUUCAGACAAAUACCAGAUUCUUAAACUGACAAUAAUGACUGUUUGAUCUCAUGUAGCUGUGCUUAUUUCUCAAACAACACAUGCAUGAUUGAACCUCUUUGUUUAGGCUGUGUCAUGCCGCUGUGCCCCUCUGGUUUAUAGUAUCAUAAUGUGUAAGUUGACAGAUGCUGAGAAUGGCAGGUUUAAAAUCAUGACUGUGUUUCCUACCAGUGGGUUUGUUUUGUUAGCAUGUCAUGCCGGUGUAGUUGGUGAAGUAGAAUCCAGCUGUCAUACAGAGAUAACGCUCGGCUGGAAGAGAUAAGCCGUGACCUCGGUCUGUCGAGGAUUCAAAGCCACGAGAGGAAGUGUCUCCAGACUUAAUUCCAGUUUCACUUUUUCACUUACCUGCAAACAUAAACCUUGUUUCUGGUGGCUGUAAAGAGUAAACAAAGUACAAGAAAGCAGAAGAGUAAAAGGCCUCAAACUGCACUGCUGCCAUGAACUGAAGCUUUAUAAACACACUCUGAACAUGCCAUGAACAUGCUCAGGACAAGUGACAGCAACACUUUGUUUACAGGCAGAUGCCGAGCAUAGCUGUUCUCUAUUGACCUGAGGGGUUAUAUGAAAAACUGGAAUAUUUUAACUGCUCAAAACCUUCAGCUUUUUGUAGUAUGUGUUUUUUAAAAAGAGGAUUGUCUUUUGAACAGAACAAACUGUUAUUUGAAGCAGAAAAUUUAAAUCUUGGGAUGGGAUCUUUCUUUGUUUUUGUUUUAAUCAAAUUAUAUUUAAUCUAACUUUGACAUUGACACUACAUCAUUUGAUAUAGCUCAAAUGUGUAAGCUCUGCGAACUUGCUCACCAAUAACCUCUUUUGUUGUUGCAGAUAUGUUGUUGUACAACGCCUGUGUGUCUCUUCCUUGUAUGUGUAUUGUUUAUGUUUAUGAUAAUGUUAUUAUCAGACCAAAACAAGCCCAAUGUGCACUGUAAAACUGUUAUUUUUGUUGCACUUUGUUAUUUCUUGUCAACAUAUUUGGGUUGUAAAUGAGUUAAAGCUCUGUUGGUACACCAAAGCAGUGAUUGUAAUAAAUCUUCUAAACGCCCAAAUAGAUUUGAUGUUUUUAUUGAUUAA